GAGUUAGUGACCAUAAAGCUGCUGAACUGACAAUGGUCUGACUGUGUGCAUUCCCCCCGUGUGUGUUUAUUGUACCGCUGAGCCAGAGAUAGUGUUAAUUUCCCUAAGUAUGAUUAGGGAGAAUAACCCACACACUCUGAGAAAGUGCAGGAUGUUUCCUGCGAAUCCUCCUCCACACCGACCCUCUCUGGCAUGCUCCAAUGAAUUUGGUUCAAACUGAUCAAGAUGACCUGAAAUGGCUUGAAGAGAGAUCCAGGUACAGGUUCUAAGUAAAUAAGGCCUGAAAUGAGAAAACACAGCGAGACAAUGUAAACGAGUAGAUGAAAUGAAGAGACGGGAUCAAACCUCACGUGCAGUGACAUGCAAUGAGGCCAGAUGCGAUUGAAAUUGACUGGUUUGAGUAAACUAGCAGCAAAGCGGUGGAGGAACACACAGGGCACAUGCAGAAUCAUGAGAAGCAAGUAGUAAUUCAAUGAAGUGAGGAGUUGCCUCACAGGGGGAUGAUAUAGAAUAUUGUGAUAAUAGCAGUAACCCUUUGAGGCUUAAAUAAUAAAUAAAUCCUGGCUUAAAGCUCAAAAUAUUUUAAACCCUAAAAUCAAAAUUCCUUGAUAAUUUCUCUGGAAAAAAAACACGGUGUAACUUUACAAGACAUUCGACUGGGAAGGUGACACCAGUACAAUACCUGAAGAUUUACACAUGCAGGUUAUUCUAUGUUACCAUAUUAAAUAAUUAUGUCUAAUAAGUAUGGCAGUAACAGAAAACUAAUUAUAUUUAUUCAUUAUUGCGUUUUCCAGACAGACUGAAUAUCAAAAAAAACAUUAACAGCGCAGCACAAGGAAGUGCUGCAAAGGUGUUUAUUCACCUGAACUUAAAAUACCAGAAGUGAUUGUGUCACGGCUUGUUCUGACAAGCCCCCAUGAGGAACCAGCUUUUGUGAAGGGAAUGUAAUAAUGAUCCUAUCUCCUCUGGUUGCUUUCACUACAGCCUGGGAUAUAAACACACACGGCACCGUCUUCACGCUGAGUGAACUCAUUACACUGGCUCUCUGAAGGAUGAGGUCCUAGGACGUUUUGGAGUGAAUUAGGUCUUAACUAUAGGACACUUGCUGGUGAAAAACCAAACAUGGAUGUGACAGUCCCCACUACAGAGGCAUCAAAUAAAAGCAACCUUCACUGUCCAUUCAUCUCUUUGAAUACUGACGGAGCUGGGAAUUUGUUCCUGACAAUUGUCAUGAGCAUUGAGAUGAUUGUGGGCCUUCCAUCAAACACGGUUGCUUUGUGGAUCUUCUGGUACCGCAUGAAGCUGUGGAAAGCCUACACUCUCUUCCUCUUCAACCUGGUCCUGGCCGACUUCCUGCUCAUCAUCAGUGUGCCCUUCCGCAUCGACACUCACCAGCGGGGGGAAAACUGGGUGUUUGGGUCAGUCUGGUGCCGCGUCAACCACUUCAUGCUUACUGUCAAUCGCUCUGCCAGCAUCGCGUUUAUGACAGUUGUGGCGCUGCAUCGCUACUUCAAAGUGGUCCAUCCCCAAAACUGUAUCAGCCGCAUGACCAGGACUCACGCGUGUUUGCUCGUGUGCCUCAUUUGGACGACUGUAAUCGCUCUUUCCAUUCCUCUCUUGGCCACCGACCUCCUCCAUGAGCAUGGUAACAUUGUCUUGUGUCGCAGCUUCAGCGCCUAUAAGGAAGUUCCUCUGUUAUUAAGGGGACAGUAUGUGGCCUUUAUUUUAGAAUUCUUCCUGCCGUGGCUGUUGUUGCUUUACUGCUCGGUCCGGAUCACCUGCUUCCUGCGUCAGCGACAGAUGAGCGGGCAGAAGAAGGUGCGGAGGGCCAUCGUAGCAGUCGGGGUUAUCAGUUUGGUGUUUACAGUCUGCUUCAUGCCUGGCGUCAUCACAGGUCUGGGGGCCUUGUACGUCCAAAAGGUCCACCCCACAGACUGCGCGUCUUAUUGGUUUUUCACCCAAGGCUUUAAGCUGUGCAUCGCGUUCACCUACCUCAACAGCACUCUGGACCCUGUCAUCUACUGUUUCUCCAGCUCCGAGUUUCGUGACGUGGUCAAGAGCUCCAUCGAUCACAUUUGCUUGGCAAAGACUUUCACACCAGUCAAUAGCACAAGCAGUAACCAAUAAAAAGGCAAAAAAAAGCAAACACUGGACAUAUUAAUGCACUGACCUGAGGACAAAGUCUUUAUGUUGUUUAAUGGGACAUCUGUUGCCUAGCAGUAGAGAUCUGAUUAUUUCUCUUACAUAUUUUAAGAGAAAUAUCUUUCCUUUCUAUCAAUGUGAAAUGUUACUUGUUAAGCAAUUAUGGCUUAUUUCAAGUGUAAUAUACCAUAGCUGUAUUAGGAACAUUAACACAUGAAAGUUUGAUUUGUUGUUGUCCCAUAUGUCACAUACAGUAGGUAUUCACUCCAUGUAAAACAAUCACAACAUGUAUACCAGAACGGAUUUAUGAGGUCAUGAAAAGGGCCAAAUUUAUUUUGUACUUCUUAUAGAGGAUAUGUACUUUUAAUAAAAACAUUUGUGUGUCUGUAAAAAUGACUGAA